AUGCUGACCAACUCAGGCGCAGCGGUAAAGCUCUAUCUGUCAAUAAUUGAUGAUGUGAUCGAGAGCAUGAGGGAGCUGUUCUUGGAUGAGGGGCUUGAAGACUGCAUCCUGGAUGAUUUACGACAUCUUUGGGAGACAAAGAUGAUGGAGUCAAAGGCCAUGGACGACUUCAGGAAGAACAACAUAAACUCUCCGAACUUUGUGCUGCAGCUUCCACCCAACUACAGCCGUAACGAUGCAGAAGCCCCAGCUUCAGUAAUGAUCCCCCCAAGUCAGAAUAUUCACAAUUUUCAUGUCCAGAACAACUGUGAGGCUCUUACCACCUUCUCGCUUCCUACGGGUCUAUCUUACCCAGUGCAGAUACCUGCUGGAGUCACUCUACAAACAGCUUCUGGUCAACUUUACAAGGUCAACGUUCCUGUUGUAGUCACUCAGGCCCCAGCAGGUCAGCAAACAUCCCAACAGCCGCUGAAGGUCACUGAGCAAAAAGAGGCUCCUGAUGCGCCACAGACUUCAGUACAACCCGGCAAAACACUUCCACAUGGACCGAUGCCACUGCUUGUGCCAACCUCGGGCAUCCCGCCGCCGCCGCCACCACCGCAAGAUUCUCUUUUACUGCCCAGUCAAGAGAGCAGCGUCCUCCAGCAAGACGCUAUGCCAGAGUACCCACAAAUUGAGAUCGGCAGCGAGGAGGUUUUCACAGACGCAACUCGGUUUAAGAGCAGCGACAUUGACGACAUCCUCAAAGUGGUCAUUGAAGAGGAGCGAGAAAAAGCGGCAAGGGCGAGAAACUUGGCUCUCACCAAUUCUUAUGACCAGCCUGAAUCCAUUUUGGGGCUGGACCUGGAGUACAACUACAAUGAACUGUCAGACAUCGUCCAACUGGACGGUACGGCAGACAAUUCAGACCCAGACGAGGAAGACGUGCCGCUGGAGGAGAAUGAAUUCCUGGGUAUGAUCAAUGCAGAGGCCCUCGAGGCUCUGCAAGCAGGCGUGAGCAGUGAUGGCAACGGCACCUCCUCCAGUAGUGACAGUGAAGCAGCUGAGGAACAAAUACAAGAUGAGGAUCCAUUGAAUUCAGGUGACGAUGUGUUUGAACAAGACAUCCCAGAUCUCUUUGACUCUGAGAACGUUAUUGUUUGCCAAUAUGACAAAAUUCACCGCAGUAAGAACCGCUGGAAGUUUCAUUUGAAAGAUGGGGUCAUGUGUUAUGGUGGCAGGGAUUAUGUGUUCUCUAAAGCUGUUGGGGAAGCAGAAUGGUAAUGCGCUGCUACUUGCCCAUCCUUUUUUUUUUUCAAAUUGCUUUUCCUCAUUUGGGUUGGGGCAAGUCAGGGCAACUCAUCCCAGCUGACAAGAUAUGGCGCUGAACUAGUCUCCAGUCAAUCACUGGGACUGCUACUGAUGACGCAGGAAAAAAAACAUUAAGACAUAGGACAUGAUGCGAAUAUAGAUAGUUAUAAUUUAUAGUCAUCAGUGUGAUAAAAGAAAAAUUGACACAACGACUUUAAUCUCGUUGUAAAUGAAAUUUGAUUUCACAAUGUUUAUGUUCUGUAUUUUGUCUAAAGAGUUGUAU